CUUGGGACGUGGAAGUUAUGGUGCACCUUCCAUCUACCAUCUUUGGUGAGGAAGGCUUGUGAGAAGACUCUCAGUGACCUCAGACUGGACUACCUGGACCUGUACCUGACUCACUUCCCUAUGGGCGUCAAGGCAGGGGAUGAGCUCUUUCCCCUGGAUGAACACGAGCAGGUCAACUCUGAUGGCAGCAGCUUCCUUGACACUUGGAGGCCAUGGAGCAGCUUGUUGAUGCUGGCUUGGCCAAGGCUAUCGGCGUGUCCAACUUUAACAAGCACCAAAUCGAAGCCAUUCUCAAAAAGCCGGCCAUCAAUCAGGGCAUUAUCAGGUGAUCCUUCGCUCUUGGAUGAGCCAAAAGCAUUGCAAAUGAUGAUGAUUCGCUUCCAUAAUGCCGCAUUGUCACAUUUUCUCCGCCAGGUUCUCAUCAGGUUCCAUAUUCAGAGGAACGUGACUGUCGUCGCCAAGUCAGUGACUCCCCAUCGGAUCUGGGAGAAUUUUCAGGUAUUCAAAACUUGUUCAAGAGAUACUGUGUUUGAUUUUGCACUUAAGGAAGAUGACAAGAACCUCCUGCUCAGUUUGAACAAGAAUUUUAGGUUUCCCAUUUUACGGUAA